UCAGCUCAUUCUCACAUUCUCUACCACAAUGACGAUGGAGACUCUGCUGCUGAUGUUCCUCCUUACACACGCUGCAGGAACUCAAGACAUCCAUACAGUCAGUAAAAUAUCUGUACAAAAACAACAAAAGAUCACAAUACCAUGUUUAUAUGAUCAAAAAUAUGUCAGUUUCCCAAAAUACAUGAGUCGUGGAGGUGUCUGGAUCUUCAGUCAGCACGUAUCACACAACAGAAUGUCUGUUGAAGAUAAUCAAGCAGAAAAUGUGUUUACGGCGACACUGAGCGAAGCUGAAGUGAGUGACUCUGGCACGUACUGGUGUGCUGUGACCGUGUCUGGAUCUGAUCCUCACGUGUAUCUUGACCUGCAGGUUACAGAAGCUGAAGCCAGGCUCCGCGUCUCCAGUCAGACUGUGUCAGGUUAUGAGGGAGGUAACGUCACGAUCCUCUGUCACGGCGCUUCACACUGGUGUACGAUCAGGGGAGCUUGUGUUGGGAGAGAUGGAGGAUCUCUAGAGAGAACUGCAGUGUCUGAUGAUGGUGGUGAUGUUCUGAGAGUGACGCUGUGGCAGCUGCAGAAAGAGGACAGUGGAUGGUACUACUGCUCUAAUGAGAAUUCACAGAUGCCUGUUAAUGUUACUGUGAUGGAGGCCCUAGAUAUUACACAGUUUACAACUAACCCCUCUUAUAGCACCACACCACUCGGUGAAGACAGACUUGACUUCAGGCGGUUCCUGUGGCUGCUGCUUCUGGGAGCGAUGCUGCCCAUUACAGUCUGUGGAGCUGUGAUGCUGAUCAAAGCAAGGAACAAGAGAAAAAAAAGAGCUGAAAUCUCAAAUCUUCAUGAUGACAUGAACAUACAACAACUGCCAAAAAAAAAUGGGAAAAACAAUGAGGUUGCAUGUGAAAAUCUCUAUGGAUUCACGACUGGAAAUAAACCAAUCACUCAGGGAAAUGGAAAAAACAAUGAGGUUGCAUGUGAAGAUCUCUAUGAAACCAUGACUGGAAAUAAACAAAUCACUCAGGGAAAUUGGAAAAACAAUGAGGUUGCGUGUGAAAAUCUCUAUGGAUUCACGACUGGAAAUAAACCAAUCACUCAGGGAAAUGGAAAAAACAAUGAGGUUGCAUGUGAAGAUCUCUAUGAAACCAUGACUGGAAAUAAACAAAACACUCAGGGAAAUUGGAAAAACAAUGAGGUUUCAUGUGAAGAUCUCUAUGAAACCAUGACUGGAAAUAAACAAAACACUCAGUUGACUGCAACAGAUGAUAAAAACAUAUAUGGUCACAAAAGUGAAAAAAUGAACAGAUAGACAGGCUUAGGGUUUCUGUGUAAUUGUUUUUCCUUGAUGUCAAUGAGAGUGAUCCAUUUUUUUUUUACAUUUUUUUUUUAAAUCAGUUGUGUGUAACUCAAGUAAAUAAAUAGUGUUACUUUUAUUUAGUCUGUCCACUCUUUGUUUAUAUAUAUAUACAUAUAC